CGCAUGCUCGCUCUCAGCUUGUUGUGGCGUUCCCUUCCUCCGCGCCCGUCCCUCCGUGCUGCCGCUGGAGUUAGCCUGGAACUAGAGGGAGGUCUGCCCGUCGUGACAGCCCGUUCAUUUAAACUUUUCAAAGUCUGGGCUGUGCCUGAAAGACUGAGAGAGUGUUUUAUCUGUGUUUCCGAUCCAUGGGAGUGCCCUGGGAACGGCGAAGGGAGAAGACAGUGCUGGUGGUCCUGACCGUUCAGCAGGAUGAGUGAGGCGGAGGGCCAGUUCUACAGCGUUCAGGUGGGAGACUCCACCUUCACUGUACUCAAGCGCUACCAGCAGCUUCGUGCUAUUGGCUCCGGGGCCCAGGGCAUCGUCUGCUCUGCUCUAGAUACAGUCCUUGGCAUACCGGUGGCAGUGAAAAAGCUGUGCCGGCCCUUCCAGAACCAGACCCAUGCUAAGCGUGCCUACAGGGAGCUGGUGCUGCUCAAAUGUGUCAACCACAAAAAUAUCAUCCGUCUGAUCAAUGUGUUCACGCCUCAGAAGUCCCUGGAGGAAUUCCAGGACCUUUAUCUGGUGAUGGAGCUCAUGGAUGCCAGCCUAUGCCAGGUGAUCCACAUGGACUUGGACCAUGAGAGGAUGUCCUACCUGCUAUACCAGAUCCUCUGUGGCAUCAGACACCUGCACUCUGCGGGCAUCAUCCACAGGGACCUGAAGCCCAGUAACAUUGUGGUGAAGUCAGAUUGCACUCUAAAGAUCUUGGAUUUUGGCCUAGCUAGAACAGCAUGCACUAACUUCAUGAUGACCCCUUAUGUAGUGACCAGAUACUACCGUGCUCCAGAGGUCAUAUUGGGCAUGAAGUAUAAGGAAAAUGUGGACAUCUGGUCCGUGGGGUGUAUCAUGGGAGAGAUGGUAAAGGGCAGCGUCAUCUUCCAGGGCACUGACCACAUCGACCAGUGGAAUAAGGUGAUUGAGGUUCUGGGUACGCCCAGUCUGGAGUUUAUGAACCGACUGAUGGAGACUGUGAGGAAUUAUGUGAUGAACAAACCGCAGUAUCCUGGUGUCAGCUUCGCAGAGCUUUUCCCGGACUGGGCCUUUCCUUUUGAUUCAGAACAUGACAAACUGAAGACGGGUCAAGCACGGGACCUGCUGUCCAAAAUGCUCGUCAUUGAUCCUGAAUGCCGCAUCUCUGUAGAGGAAGCCCUCAAUCACCCAUACAUUCACGUGUGGUACGAUCCAGCAGAAGCUGAUGCGCCUCCUCCCCAGAUUUCAGAUAAGCAGCUCGAGGAGAGAGAGCACACCAUCGAGCAGUGGAAAGAACUUAUUUAUGAAGAAGUGAUUGACUGGGAAGAGAGGAACAAAAAUGGACUGAUGAAAGGAGAUUGCUCUGACGUGGUGUCAGGUUCAGCCUCCCAGUCCUCAUCAGCCAACGACAUCUCGUCCAUGUCCACAGAACAAACCCUGGCCUCGGAUACAGACAGCAGCAGCAUUGACACACUGACGGGACCACUGGAUGAGAGUCAGUGAACACAGUCCAUGGCCACGUGUCUGCCUGUAUGCUUGCCUCAAUUCUCCUUUUACAGUAUCCAAAAAUCAACCAUCACCUUCCUUUUUUCUCUUACUUUCCAUCCCCUAAUUUGUCCUUUUUUGUUCCUUUUUUAUCCUUUGUUUCUCUGCUUUCCACCUCAAUAAGUAGGUCUAUUUUUCUAUUUUCUUUUAGUGUGUGUGAUGUGGUCGAUCUUAUUGAUCCUCUUCAGCUUCAGACUUUUUUGUUUUGGACUGUCGCCUGGAGGACAAAGCAAUCUGUUGUGUCUCUUGGGUCAAAGGUUUAUCUUUCCCUUCCUUGUGAAUAUUGCUGAACUUGAUCAAGUAUAUAUGAUGUAUGCAUCCAUAUGGAUUUUCAGGUUGCCAGGAAUAGGUGGGGGAUUGUUACUUGUUCUGUACGCCUGUGUUUUAAUAAUUUUAUUUUUUUAGCAAACGUUGAGAACAGAGGUCACUUUCAUCAUAUUAGAGCAGACACGCACUGAACACAGACCACAGCUGCCAGCUGCUCUCCUGCAUGUUAACUAGUACGAACAAAUGCUUACCAUAUGUAGAUCGCACCGACAACAUGAUGUCCAUCUGAUGAUCAGACAAACACUCAUUCAAUGUUUGAUCCAUCCUAUAGCUAGCUCACAGUAUUGCAGAUCUGCACAGUGGUGCUUUCUGCAGUGUUUUUAAAUUAAUUGGCUUGAGUGAUGUGAAGUCGAGCUUUUCACCCUAACAAAUAUGGGAAACUGUGGUUGCGGUGUUACAGUUUUAUUUCCUAAUAUAAUGUACUGUAUGUAAAGAUGUCAUCGUUUGUCACUCAUAGUGGCCGUAGACUCUCGAUACUUGUAGACAAGGUGUGCUUGUUUUGUUAAGAGCUCAACAUAUCUGUAGAAACAUGUAUUGCAAUCACCCCCGUUUGACAUAAGGUACUGAUCAACAGUGUGUAUAUCAAAAGUACAUAUGGUGAUCCGGUAAAUUCAGGAGAGGCAAAAAGAUACACGUUGUAUUUAUUUUUGCGUUUUUGCAGAAUGUUGCACACAGUCACAUUGAGGCUGAUAUGAGUGAGGCCUCAUCUCAAAGCGUUUCAUUGACAAGUCACUGUAUUGGCUGCUCCUUUUCUAAACCAUUCCAUUAGUACUGGAGCGGUAACAAAAUCUAUCAUGAAUCAGAUAUCACAUAGAACACAUGUAAAGGGAGUAAAAUACAAGUAAUGGUGUUUAACUUGCAUGAAGGCAUUGAAGAUGCCAAUAAAAUACCGUAGUUCUUGUUAUAAAGUUCAGGUCAGUUCAUUUUCUCACAGUACCUUGAUGUUCUUGGUUCUGAAAGUCUGUUUGAUGCGGAUGUUUUUGUUUUGUUUGCCUUGUAAGCCUUUAUGUGUGUGUGUGUGUGUGUGUGUGUGUUAUCAAAAUGUACUGUGCAGCACUCUCCCUCAUAAUCUCCUUUUUAUCAUCCUUGAAGACAGUAGUUGCCUGGUUGCGGAGGAUGUUUGCCCCUCCACAAAAAGCAGACAUGUGGGUUAAUGAGGAUGAGGAUGUGACUGUGGAGUCCUGAAUGAAAAUCUGGACCUUAGAACUUGAGAUGGAAGCUUAAAAAUGAACCUCGGAGCUGCUUUUUUGUAGAACUGAUUGCACAGUGUGAUGGACAUACAGAAAUAUGACACUACGGGGUGUCAUAUUAAAGAACCAUGUUGCACACUAUAUUUUUCCUUUUAUAAACCGUGAUCUUAUUCUUUAAGUCAUGCCUUAAACGAUGAGAGGACUGGCCAGUUCACUCCUUAAAAUCUUUUCAAAUAAGGACUCAACAUUACAUUACAGUGCUCAGAACACGGAUUUGUUUACUGUGUUUAAAAAUAAGAAGAAAAUCUCCAUUGUGUACACUGUGCAUCUCACAUUUUUGUUUAUUUUGUUCCUCCUUUUGUUUUCAGAGAUGUCCUGUACGUUUGCAAUAGCCACAAUAUAAUCACUUUGCCAACAUCUUUUGCCCGUACGUAACAAAUAAAUUGGACAUCAGA